GAAUAUCAACAAUGAAGAUAACCUUUACAGCCUUUGUGCUCCUCAUCCAAACAUUAUAUUGUUUGGCUUCAGAUGAUUCACCUUUUCAACUUACCAACAAGGACACUGGUUUUUGUUUGGUUAAAAUGCAUGACUACUGCUAUAGCAUACGCUGGACAACUGGUAACCGACUGAUGGUUCAGUGGCCACAUAAGUGCCUGGGAGCCCAGGGGAAAAGUGUGGGAAGUGAAGUAAACCUCUACGAUUGUGACGAAAAAAGCGACCUCCAAAAAUGGGAAUGCAAGAAUGGAACAGUGCUCGCCCUGAAAGACCAAGAGCUCUACAUCCAGGUCACUGCAGACAACACAGCAGCUCUCUCCAAAACGAUAGGACCCAAAAACCACCUCACUAUUCCAGGGUCAUCCAAGGGUGCUUGUUCAAGAACACACAGAGAACUUUAUACCAUUGGAGGAAAUGCAAAUGGUAGGCCCUGCAUGUUUCCCUUCCUGUACAAAGACAGCUGGUACUCAGAUUGCACUAUGGCCGACUCCUCUGGAGACCAAGCUUGGUGUGCGGUUCAAACUAAAUAUGAAAAUCAACUAUGGGGAUACUGCCCAACUAACACCAGAGAAAACUGGAAUAAACACAGCACAUCGGGCAUCUAUUACCAGCUCAACACUCAAUCAGCUCUGACUUGGGUUCAGGCUGAAGCCAGCUGCAAACAGCAGGUGGCCUCUCUGCUCAGCAUCACCGAUCCUCACGAACAGGCUUACAUCACCGCACUACUAGUAGGUACAGCUGGCAAUAAGCUUUGGACUGGGCUGAACCGGAACCAAGAACAUGGCUGGCAUUGGUCUAAUGGGAGGCCUUACCGUUAUCUGAACUGGGACUCAGGACACCCACUUUCUGACCCGGGACACACAUGCGGUAUUAUUGAUAGUGACGUGCAGUACUCGUGGCAAAGUUCAACAUGCAACAAGAAACUGGGGUACAUCUGCUACAGUGAAGGCGAAGUGAUCGCUCCUACUCAAGCUGCUGGGGCAGGGUUUUGUUCAAGACCUUGGAUUCCCUACAGCGGCCACUGCUUCCACCUUAAUCGCACUAAGACAACAUGGUCUGAUGCUCAGAAGGCUUGCCGCAAAGACGGAGGCGAUCUAGUGAGCAUCCGCAAUAUAGAGGACCAAAGCUUCGUCAUCUCUCAACUUGGCUAUGCAUCUACUGAUGAGCUUUGGAUAGGACUGAAUGACAGGAAGACAGAGGGGCUAUUUGACUGGAGUGACCACUCUACUGUCAGCUUCACCAGCUGGGAAUUUGGGAAACCUGCUGUCUUUACUGAAAAGGAAGACUGUGUUCUCAUCAAAGGAGAGAAUGGGAACUGGGCUGAUCGUGUGUGUGAUGAGAAACAUGGCUUCGUUUGUAUGAAGAUGAGUGAGUCUGAGCCCUCUGGAGAUGAAGUGGAACUGAAUGCUGGCUGCAAAGCUGGUUGGAAGAGACAUGGCUCCUAUUGCUACUUUGUAGGAACAGAGACAAAGACAUUUGAUGAUGCCAAGAAAGACUGCAAGAGUUCAGAGUCCUACUUAGCUGAUAUUUCAAAUGGGGUGGAUAAUGCCUUCCUCGUCAGCUUGGUGGGAAUGAGACCAGAGAAAUACUUCUGGCUAGGCCUCUCAAACCAGAAAAACAUUGAUCAAUUUGUGUGGACCAACCAAGUCUCAGUGAAGUUUACUCACUGGAAUGCAGAAAUGCCAGGUCAUCAACAAGGCUGUGUUGCCAUGGCAACUGGGGUUUUUGCUGGCCUCUGGGAUGUGCUGCCCUGCACCAAUAGGGAGAAAUACAUCUGCAAGCACCUGGCGGAGGGGGCAGUUUUAACCCCUGCACCACCAACUGUUCCCCCUCCUAAGUGUGCUGACAACUGGACUCCAACAGGAACAAGAAACUUCUGCUUCAAGAUUUUUCCAGAGAGACCAUCUUCAGAAAAGAAGACUUGGUAUGAGGCCAGAAGUUACUGUCAAGCUCUUGGAGGAGACCUGCUCAGCAUCCACAGCCUUGCUGACCAAGCUGUUCGUUAUAAUGGAGAAGUCUGGAUUGGACUUCAUGCCCCUGACCCAGCCAACGUUUUCGUAUGGAGCGAUGGGUCCCCGGUAAAUUUCCAACAUUGGGAGAGUGGAGAGCCAAACAAUAAAAACAAGGUGGAAUCCUGUACUGAAUUUGAAACAAAUAAGAGACAUUGGUCAGGAUCUUGGAAGGAUGUGCAGUGUGAGAAGUUAAAUGGAUGGCUGUGUCAGAUCCGUGCAGGAAAAACUCCAAAGCCGCCUCCAGACCCUAUCACUCCUGACUACAAUAAGACGUCAGAUGGGUGGCUACAAAGGAACGGGACUCAGUAUUAUAUUAACAACAAGCCAAUGGCCAUGGAAGAUGCCCGUCAAUUCUGCCAAAAGCACAAUGGUGACUUGGUAACUAUCGACAGUAAAGAUGAAAGUGUCUUUUUAUGGCAACAGAUACUCCAAAAUUAUGGUCCUUACUGGAUAGGUCUGACGGUAGACCUCAAUGGAGCAUUUUAUUGGAUGGAUGGUUCUCCAGUGGUGUUUCAGAAGUGGGAGGAAGGUCAACCUGAUUUCAAGAAUAAUGAUGAGAACUGUGCUGCUAUGACUUCUCAUAACGGGUUCUGGCAUGAUUACAAUUGUGGGUAUGAACACAGGUCCAUUUGUAAGCGCCUUGACUCACCAACAACCAACACUACUGUGGCACCCACAGUGGCCCCGAAAGGUGUCUGCCCACUCAACUGGAAAAAAUUUAACUCUAAGUGUUACAACAUAAUUAAAGACCAGAAAUUAACAUGGAGUGCAGCAAGGAAACAAUGCAAAGCCAUGAAUGGGAAUUUGGCCUCUAUUUCCUCAAGACAUGUGGAAGUGUUUCUGAUGAGUCAAAUGGCUGACACACCAACUACAGACCUAUGGAUUGGUUUUCGCAGUUCGGAUUCAAGAGGAUUUUAUUGGACUGAUGGGCAACCGAGGCGAUAUGUCAGCUUGGAUUUUGAAAGACACCACGGGCAGAUGUCUUUUAGAUUUUGGGGUCAUACAGAGUUUGAACGUUAUUUUGAAAUAAUGAGAGAUCGAGAACAGAAACGGUGUGCUGUGAUCAAUACAAAGCCUUCCCUUGGUAUUGGGACAUGGAUACCAAAGUCUUGUAAUGACACCAAUGGAUUUAUCUGUCUCCGAAAUGUUGAACCAUCUCAAACAGUUCCGACUGAACCAACCACCCCUACUGACUACAUCAAAAUAUUAAAUGACUCCAUCAAGGUUGUCACUCAACAAAUGAACUGGGAUGCAGCCAAUGAGCACUGUGACGGUGAUGGUGCCAAACUGGCAAGCCUGCGAAAUGAGUGGACACAGGCCUAUGUCGAGCUGUUGGCUAGGAAUCUCAAAACUCCUCUGUGGAUUGGACUGAACAAACUGAAGAAAGGGUAUUUCAGAUAUAUUGAUGGCUGGCACAUGAGCCUUUCUCACUGGGGUGAAGAUGAACCAAGACAGGGCACACCUUGUGUUUACGUGGACGUGGAUGGGAAAUGGAAGACAGCUGAUUGCAAACAGACCAUGAACAGUGUUUGUAUGAUGUCUAAUGAUGUGCCGCCAACAGACUCAAGUCAAUUUUCAGGAGUUUGCCCUGAAGACCAAUAUGAAUCAUUCUCAAGCCGUAAAAACCCCUCGCUACCAUUUAAAGGUUAUUGUUAUAGAUUUUUUACAGAUAGAAGAAGUUGGCCAGAUGCAUCUGUUAGCUGUGGAAGACAUGGUGGAUCAUUAGCCAGCAUUGAAGAUCCCUCUGAGCAAGAAUUCAUCAAAAGCAAUGCAAAUAUAUAUAAAGACAUCUCUAGCACGUUCUGGAUUGGCUUGUUUAAAACUCACAAAGGUGAGUGGUUGUGGUUGGACAGAACAGUCAUGGACUACACUAACUGGGCUGAAGGGGAACCUUUUCGCAGCCAUGGGGCAAUUAGUUCUUUCGAUGGGACAUGGAGUGCAAGCCAUGAACGGGUUCGUAAACCAUACAUCUGCAAAACACCCAAAGUAUCACCACCAACGCAAUUACCAACAAAGCCAGAUCCAACCACAUUUCCUCCGCGUCAUCAUAUGAUUUUGGCAGCUGUGGUGGUCAUUACUGGGAUUGCCAUUGGGGUAUUUAUUGCCGUCUUCGUCUUCAAGAAGUCCGGUAGACGUUUACCCAUCCCUGACAUGUUAACCACCUUUGACAACCCACUCUUUUUCCGCCAUGAGCAGCCAGAGCCUGGUGUGGCUGACACCAGUAAACUGGUAGAGUAUGCAGAGAAUGAGAACCCUGAGUCUGUUAUAACUGGAUCUGAUGGGACACAUGCUCCAUCUCGGGCUCAUGGUUAGUGGCUUUGUCUUUUGCCUAGCCCAUGAUUUCACAGUGUUUUGAAAUCGGAGGAAUUUCAACAGAGUUGGCAACGAAUGGAUAAAAUUGCCAAAACAAUUUAGACUGUCAAUUAGGAAUGAUAGUUUAAAAUAAUAUGAUAACAUAUACUGUUGUAAUAACUAAAAAGAGGUUGAUUUAUUGGAUGAACCUGGAGUCAAGAGUUGUUAUGUCUAAUUAACAUUUUUAAAGUGUUAAAGUGUUAAAUAUAACAGACAUCAUAAUCAUUAUUGCAUUUCAUACUAUUCAAAGUCACAUGAUAGUAGGAAAUUCUCGUGACCUCCUGAGAUGUCAUCUGCUCAAAAAAACCAAUGUUCAAAAGUGUGUGAAUUGUCCUGAGAAACCACAGUCCAGGAACAACUUAAGUGCAGGCUAACCUGCUGACCACUUAUGACAAUGCAAGGCAGUUAGAGAAAAGAGGCAAGACACGUAUUUGGAGGAAGCCAAAGUUUCUUUAGAGGAAAUGUUUGGCCAGAUUGUGCUGAAACACACAAAACGAUGUAACGAUUCACUAAGGAUUACCAAACUGUCAAUGAAAAUUCCAUGUUGCUCAAUUGCUUUGUCUAUUAAGCAAUUUGUACAAGCAAAAAUCACCUGUUCACUUUCUGACCUCUUACACAAUACAAAUGUUCUCCCAGCUCAGUUCUCAGAUUCACAGAAGCCACUUACUCACAGAAUCACAUCCAGGAUUCUUUUUUACAAAGCAUGCAUCAUUUUUUCAUAAAUCUGCUCCAAUCCUUCAAGUCAUACUUUCUAUAAUUCAGUGCAAACAAUCAAAAAACCUUUAUUCAUGCUUGAAUUACAUCCUGCUAGAGUCUCUUUCCCACUGCCUCCCCCAAAAAACAAAAACUUCUAACAUCUGGCUAAAUGUUGAAAUCAAGGUUCAGUCCCAAGACAAAUGACUUUGAAGUAGUCACAGGUAUUUAUCAGCCCCAGCGCUGAUGGGCUUUGAUUGGCAGUGAUGGAAAUAUGACACCCUGGUGGAUGCACUAAAUUUAAGCCACUUUGCCAGAGGGAUGCAAAUACAGGCUGCUAUAAAAACCUGUUCUCCUGCAUUUAAAAAAAAGUGCAUACAUGCGCUAAUUUGGUAAGAAAGGGUAUUAACUUAUGUAACUUGCUGUAUUCCUGUUUCACUCAAAACAACUUCCCGUUACUUCAGCUUGUAUAAGUUGCUGCAGCACAACUACUUACAAAAUCCAAUAGUAAACAUAUACCACCUAUUUUACCAUGUCUACACCAAUAACCUGUACGUUUUAGAAUCAGUUUUAAAGUUUAAUGAUUACAAGGUUUGGGGAAGGCCUCUGAUUAUAUAAUUCACUUACUAUGAGCUUGACUGCAGCCUGAGAUCCUUGGGCAGAUGUCUUUAAGUUAUUCCUGACUGAACCUUUUGAGUUAGGACCCCACAACUCUGGAGGGACCUUCUGGGGGGGAUUAUUCAGGCUAGCUAUUUCUUAUCUCAAAUCUCCUGAAACUGCAUUUUCAGAACUGCUUUCUACUCAAAUUAUUUUUGCAUUCUACUUGUUUGACAGUGUUUUAGUAAUUUAUACAUUGCUUGUCAUUAUUACUGUAUUGCUCUACUUUGAUUUAUUACUUAUCUGAUAAUUUCUUUUGGUUUUGUUUGCUUUGCAAAACACUCUUUAAAAAUACUAUAUAAAUAAAGCUGU